CAGUCACUCACUCUCACACACAAUCUGUCCUCUUUGUCAGCAGCAGAACUUUUUGCUCCUGUUGCACAGAAUUCUGCUUUCGUUUGCUUCUUGGAUUUUGACCAGGACUCAAUUUUUAAAGGAUUUUUCUUUUGAGAAGAUCUUUUCCACUUCAUCAUGGAGUCCACCACUGUGGAAUAUAGUGACAACUAUGAGUAUUAUGAUGACAAUGAGACUGCAUGCGACUUCUCAGAGUGGGAGCCCUCUUACUCUCUCAUCCCAGUCCUCUACAUGCUCAUCUUCAUCCUGGGCCUGUCAGGUAACGGCGUGGUCAUCUUCACCGUGUGGAGAUCCAAAUCUAAACGUCGGGCUGCAGACGUCUACAUAGGAAACUUGGCUCUCGCUGACCUCACCUUUGUUAUAACCCUACCUCUCUGGGCCGUGUACACAGCUCUGGGCUACCACUGGCCCUUUGGUGUGGCUCUGUGCAAAAUCAGCAGCUACGUUGUUCUGGUCAACAUGUAUGCCAGCGUUUUCUGCCUCACCUGUCUAAGCUUUGAUCGGUACCUGGCCAUCGUGCACUCCCUGUCCAGCAGCAGGCUGCGCUCGAGAGGAACCAUGCUGGCUUCCCUGGGUGCUAUCUGGUUUCUGUCUGGCCUACUUGCUGUGCCCACCCUGCUGUUCCGCACCACCGUGAAUGACCAAAACAGCAACAGGACCACUUGUGCCAUGGACUUCAGCCUGGUGACGAUGAACCAGAGGCAUGAGUACCUCUGGAUUGCAGGACUGAGCCUGUCCUCCUCUGCCUUGGGGUUCCUCCUGCCUUUCUUGGCCAUGACAAUCUUCUACUGCUUCAUCGGCUGCACUGUCACACGUCACUUCAACAACCUGCGCAAGGAGGACCAGAAGAAAAAGCGGCUGCUGAAGAUCAUCACCACACUGGUGGUGGUGUUUGCCAUCUGCUGGACGCCCUUCCAUGUGCUGAAGAGCAUGGACGCCCUCUCUUACCUGAGCCUCGCUCCCAGCUCUUGUGGCUUCCUGCGUUUCCUGCUGCUCGCUCACCCCUACGCUACUUGCUUGGCCUACGUCAACAGCUGCCUCAACCCGUUCCUGUACGCUUUCUUUGACCUGCGCUUUCGUUCCCAGUGCCUGUGCCUUCUCAACCUGAAGAAAGCUAUGCAUGGCCAGAUGAGCUCCAUGUCGUCUACGCUCAGCGCCCAGACUCAGAAGUCAGAGAUUCAGUCUCUGGCCACAAAAGUUUAGAGAGUAAAUGGAGUGAAGUGAAGCAGGACUGCAGGACAGUCCCAUCUCUAACCUCUGGAACACUUGUAAAAAUACAGACUUUAUGUGUCCAUUUCAAAGGUGGUAAGAUGAGAUGAUGAACUUUCAGUUGCCACUGCCUACAGUCAUGAAAUCCAUUAAGAGUUCCUCCUAUUCUACAGCGAGAGACGACUGCUCUGAAUGUUUUGUAGACCUGGGAAGCCGGAGUCAGCUGGCUGAGCUCCUUAGUUGCUUGUUCCUCAUGUUCUCAGAGAAAAAAAAAUCUAUAUUUUUUUGUUUUGUCUCUGCAAAAGUUCUCAUUUAUAUCACGGCAGAGUUAUGAACUGUGAAAUGAUUUGCAUGGAAAUCUGUUUACACUGGAUGAAACGCAAAGCUAUACAGUAUUUUCAUACCAUUUCUGUUCAGAUCUGUUGCUGUUUUGUUUUAGAAGCACUUGUUAGAAAAAAAAAAUGUGUGAGCAGGGAAAUCAAACAGAGCAGUGUCCUGAUGUUUGUGAAGGCAGAAGUCUGGGCUGCAGGAGGGAGGGAGGUGUAAGAGGAGAAAAGGUGUUGCAGCUUAAUUAUAUAGUUUGUGGAGAGGAGACGGGGGGGCAGACAGGCAGAUGGCAGUUGACAAAUGUUGAGCGGGAGCGGGGUGGGGUGGGAUGGAGGGUUUCUGCAGUGUAGUCUCGGCACUAAUGGAGACAAAGGAACCUUAUAAAUGUUCCAAAUUGACAUAUAUGUUUUAUUUUUUGACAUCGCUGUAACUAACUACUGUAUUAAAGAUGUGUGCUAUGAAACAAA